GGAAAAACCGCGACGUCGAAAUGAUGACAACAACAAGUUGAAUUUAGGAAAGUUCGUGGAUAGUUUUUUGUUCAAGUGAUUUUGAAGAUUCCGUUGGUUCAAACAAAUUAUAGAAGGGAUUUAUAGGUUGGAAUUUCGUGUGAACCAGGAACACUUGUUCAUGUAUCUGAUAUUUAGCCAUGCAAAUUUUGAUAUUUCCUCAUAUGCCCUGUUUCAAGAUUUCGAAACCUAAAAUACAUGCUGCCAGAAAAUCAAUAAUUUUUCAGCUUUAAUGUAAUAUUUCUGCAGCUUAUGUCAAUCUAUUCUUUACGGAAUACCGACGCCAUUAUCUCUCUGCGUUGUAUUUGAACAUGGCGAACAGCUGAAUCUUGCUCGAUUGUUUUGCGUGAAUUCAAAGACGACGACCGCGAGUAUUUAGCCUGAGCAUUUGAUUCAGAUCUUCAUUUUUCAACCAUGGUUCUGACGAGAUUCAUCAUUCUCGUUUUCGUAAUUUCUGUGGCAUUUGCGGCGUCGCCUGAAGGUAACAUUAAGUUGUUUUUUUGUAAAUUUAGAGUAAACCUUUUGUUUAGUUUGAAAUUCAUAUGCGUGUAAUUGAUUAAUUUAGGUAAUUAAGGUUAUCUUGUAUCGCUAUAAUUAUGUUCUAAUUGGACUAAUUUUAAAUUAAACCAUUUGCUUUUGCCGUUUUGAUGAAAUAGUUUUCAGUUUGCCUGGUGUGGCCAUCAUUUGGAAAACAUUACCCAGUAUUAAAUAUAUUUGAGCGCAAAUCAUCGUUUUCUUCUAACAUGUAAAGUUUGUUUUUAAUAAGAGAAUAUUUCGUGUUAGAGUAUGCAGGUGAAUUUGAAGGAGAUAUAAAACUGACUCGGGAGCAGAAGAACGCGAUUCAGAAUGGAUUAGAUUUAGAACCAGCAAAUACGUUUGGAGCUUCCAAAAGCAAACGAUGGAAAGAUGGCGUCUUCCCUUACGUCCUUGCCAGUUCUUUAAGUAUGUUGUUUUUACUUUUUAUUCACUUUGUAUAUUUAACUGUGAGAUAGUUUUUACUUACUGUUUAAUUAACGAGCAAAAAUACAAAAUUGCUUAUGCCUGGUUUCCAGAUGGUCGUAAAACUAGAGUCACGAUCUUUCUCAACGGCCAGUUUAUAAUAGUUUAUACCUGUAAACCACAUAUAAAUCAUAUUAAGUAUUCUCUAGUUUAAAUAUAAAUCAUGAUAAGUAUUCUCUAAUUAUAAGUAAUCACUCCGCGUAUUUUCAGUUCUAAAAUGUGGUAUUCCGGCUGAUGAGAAAGAUUAGACUUUCAGUAAUGUUCCCUCAAUUCCUCUACCAGGAGCUGGUUUUUCAAAAGCCAGUUAGCUUACCAUGUCCAUGGGUUAACAAAAUCUUCAAAGCAAUCUUCCCCACAGCUUGUUUGUAAACGUGAAAAUACUUUUCUUGAGAUCUUGUUUGGAUCAACGGAAAUUUUAUUCUCCGAGGAUUUCAAAUAAACAGACGUGUAGAAAUACGUAAAGAAAAUGUCAGGGGCCGGUUGUUCAAAGCUGGGUUAGCUUUAACCCUAUAGGUUAACCUAAAAUUCAAAGCAAAGCUUGUACCCUGCUCAGUGGCAGUGGAGACAGCUUGUCUAUAAAUUUGGAAAUAUUUCUUCAGAGAUGUUGUCUGGAUUGGCAGGAGUUUACUUCUCUGAAGUAUUGAAAUAAAAAAAUACACAAACUAAAACAGCGCUAACCCAUUUUUGAACAACCGGCCCCAGAAGUUUAAGUUAUAAUUUCUGUUUUGUUCUCAAUAAAGUAACCGAAAACGUAUCUUGGUUAUUUUAGGCGGAAGUUCAAGUGCUAGACGAGUCAUUGACAGCGCCAUGAAAGAAUGGUCCGAGAAGACUUGCAUCAGAUUCGUCCGCAGGACUAACCAAGCUGGAUAUGUCGAGUUCUUCAGAGGAGGAGGGUAAAACACGAAGCAUUUGUUGCCCCUGACAGUUUAGAACAGAUACAGUUAUCCAGUAUAAAUAAAGUCUGUUCAGGUUCCCUUCUGUUCUAACACUGGAUCAAUAAUGAGUUCUUAUUUGUUUAGUACUGGUAAAGCUAUAUAAAUAAAUGAUUUUUACUGGACCUCUAGGAAGAACAGUUUAGAACUGAUAGAGCUAUUCAGUAUAAAUAAAGUUAGUUUAGUUUAGGUUUCGUCCUGUAGUAACACUGGAUCAAUAAGAGAUGAUCCUUACUGGACCUCUAGGAAGAACAGUUUAGAACUGAUAGAGAUAUCCAGUAUAAAUAAAGUUAGUUUAGUUUAGGUUUCCUCCUGUAGUAACACUGGAUCAAUAAGAAGUGAUACUUACUGGACCUCUAGGAAGAACAGUUUAGAACUGAUAGAGAUAUCCAGUAUAAAUAAAGUUAGUUUAGUUUAGGUUUCCUCCUGUAGUAACACUGGAUCAAUAAGAGAUGAUCCUUACUGGACCUCUUGGAAGAACAGUUUAGAACUGAUAGAGCUAUCCAGUAUAUAUAAAGUUAGUUUAGUUUAGUUUAGGUUUCCUCCUCUAGUAAUACUAACAGGCCAUUAAAACAGUUUAGUCUACAGCCUUCUUGUUUUAUCUAAAAAACGGAUUGAUUUUUUUCGUCGGUGUUUAUUGACAAACCAGAUUAUGUUACUAGAUGUUGGUCGUAUGUUGGAAUGACUGGUCGUAAACAACAGAUCAGUUUAGCAGGAGGGUGCUGGCGUCAUGGUAUCGUUGUUCAUGAAAUUGGUAAGUGGACCACAACGUUGUACUCGUUAUUAUGUGGAGAAGAAAUGCUCAAUAUUGAUUUUCGUCCCGCUCCUGGCUUUGUCUUCCUAUCAACGGCGCCUUUUUAUUUAAACGCAGCGUAGGUAGUGAUAAUAACACCACAAAGCUGGAGAUUAUAAGAGGGAUUCAAUUUCGUGAAAAAUACAAAAUUGUUUGUCAAAAAUUGUUGGUCAUUGUUUAUCUACACCGUAAAUGAUAUGCGAUAAAAGAGUCGUUUGUUUUUAGGACAUGCUCUUGGAUUUUGGCACGAACAGUCUAGACCUGAUCGUGAUGAGUAUGUGACUAUCAUGUGGGAUAAUAUUCCUUCUGGUGAGUGACGGGGGGGGGGAGAGGAAAGCAGGGAGGGGGAAUAUGUCAUCAUUAUUUUGGAUAACAUUCCAUCUGGUGAGUGAGGGGGUGGGGAGAAGCAGGAAAGGGAGGGGGGAUAGCGAUGAAAGAAGGGUAUGAUUAAUAUGUCACCAUAAUUUGGGAUAGUAUUAUUUCUUAUAAAAUGUUGUAAAACAUGUCAAUGGUUAGUGUUAGAUAAUUUGUUAUAUAAUGCUAAACCCUCGAAUGCUUAGUUUAGUAAGGAGUUUCUUUAAUGCUAGCCCAUCCAAUCCUUGUAGAUGAGCGAAUUUCUUUUAUAAAAGCUGCCCAGUAUUGAUUUCAACUCUAUUUUUGUUCAUCUUAGGCAACCGUCACAACUUCAAAAAAUACACCAAAACUCAGAUUGACUCGCUGAAUAUUCCCUACGACUAUGCCAGCAUCAUGCAUUAUGGAAGACGUGCUUUCUCCAAUAAUGGCAGAGAUACAAUAGUACCCAAGAAAUCUGGGGUAAGACUAGAGGGCCUAUAGUUGCAUUUUUCGUAACUGUUUCUAGAUCUAAUGAAUGUAUCUAUCCAUGCAUCGCAAAACCCAAUCGUUGUUCUCUGUCAUUCUCAAGGUGACGAUCGGGCAACGAGGAGGUCUGAGUCCUAGUGAUGUUCAACAAAUGAAUUUAAUGUACAACUGUAAACAAGGUAGGAGUAUUCUAGACAUAGCCCUGGGAACGAAUACAAAAUUACAUCAUAUCCUAACUGUCCUCAUUCUUGGUCAAUAUUUAAAACAGCUGCCAUUCCCCUAUGUUCAUUACAUUUUCAUCUACAAAACUCUUCUAUAAUUUUCACAAUUGCUCCUGCUUAGGUUUAAUAAUUGUAUAAAAGUCACAUUCAAAAUUCCCAUCUACAAAUUAAUUCCUUCUACAAUAAGUUCUAUUCAGUGAAGAUGCUCAAAAUUCUGAUCAGCUGGCCAUUGUUUAUCUAGUAUUUUAACUAAGAAUUUCUAAAAAAAAAUAAUCUUAUAUUCUUGAUCAAUAUUUAAUACAGGUACUCCUCCCCCUCCAAGACCCACUACCCCCAGACCAACUCCCCCCAGACCCACUCCCCCCAGACCUACUCCCCCAAGACCAACACAACCUUCGAAUGGUGAGUACCAUGUCAUUUACCUGCUGAAAUUUGUUAUAACCUUGUCUCGUCAACUUUGUAACAUUGACUUGUUAUAUAUCAUGACCGUAUCAGACUUGUUGGAACAACUUUGCAGCAAGUCUGAUAAUCCCGACUUUUUCACAUGUGUCCGGAGCGAGAAUCGAACCCACGAUCUCAGAGCCACACACGAUGUUGUUAUUUCAUAACUGUAUCGGACUUGUUGGAAUAACCUUGCAACAAAUCUAAUUUUAUCAACAAGGUUGCUACAACUGUUAACAGCUUGUUCCAUAUGCGUUACAACUUGGGCAAUAGCAGUGCGAACAUAACUUGUUGAUGGCUUGUUGGCAGGCUUGCUACAAGAUCUUUGAGAUCUUUGCGUGUGUACCCAGCCCAUUUGUUUGCCAGUCUUCGUUCAAUCUUUGACCCUUCUUCAUUCAUUAAAUAUUGAAAACAAAGUUUGUCGAGGAAGAAGAAAUAUGUUUACCAUGCAAAAACUUCAGAUUGAUAGGGAUACAACUACCUUAAGAAUACAAGGAGAACUUCGACGUUUCGAGGGAAGGCCCUACACUGCCGCAGACCGUUCAAGUUUAGAUCUUUAACGUGCAUCUUUUUUGACAUUUUACGCAGGAAUUAAAGUUGAACUUCGAAGUGAAGGUUGUGAUGAUCCAAAGCUGGUUCAAGUUCAUUGUGGACGAGCUUACAUCAAAGUAAACGGAAGAGAUUAUGCACGCAAGCGUCGUGGACAUAACCUCGUGAUUCUUGAUUUACAAACAGGUAGAAAUGGAAUUCUCUUUCUAGUAAGUUUCUCACUCAUUGGUGAGCGGAUUUCCCAACAGGCAAUAGCCUGUAUUAUUAAAAUAAUAUCGAUCGCCACCACAUUUUUAUGACCAAUUUUAUACCUUUAUGAGAACAUGUGACAGUUGUGUUUUAUUAUCUUGAACUGUCUGUGGCAGUGUAGGUAGUGGCAAUAAUAACAAGCUUUGGCCAUGCUUUCGUUGGUAGGGAUGCAACUAGCUGAAAAAUAUAAAGAGAUUUCGACGUUUCGAGCGAAGGCCCUUCAUCUGAAGUUACUCCUUUGUCGCUAGUAACUCUAGACGAAGGACCUUUCCUCGAAACGUCGAAAUUCUCCUUAUAUUUUUUUUCAACUAGUUGCAUCCCUACCAACGAAAGCUUGUUAUGUUUUAUUAUGCAUAUCUUUGACGAUGAUCAACCGUGAACUACUCGUGUAGGUCGUAUUGAACAUCAAGGUGUAUAUGAUACUCAUGGAUCAAGAUAUCAAUCAGAACAAAUGGCAAAGAAGUUGAAUGGCUUGGUUAACGCCAGACAAAAGUAAGAAGAGGCUUCGCAAUCGUCAGAGCAAUCGCUUUUCACGUCUGAGAUUAUAGCUUCGAUUCUCGCUGCGGACCUGACGCAUUCACGUAAAACGAGUCCGUCAACGUUGUUCUGAAAGUCGUGGGUUUUCUCUGAGUACUCCGGUUUCCUCCCACAGGGAAUGUUGACAAGGUGGGUUGGGAUUAUCCCCCUAACUGACUCUUCCACCGUAGCUGUGUUCCGUGAUCAGACAUGAGUCAUAAGGUGGUUGCCAGAGGCGCCCUUAGAAAGCCUUCGACUCGAUCUUGCUCAUACGAUCUCAUUUUGUAGGAAAGUUAUUCUGAUUGCAGUCCAAGACGAAGCAAGGAGCAGAAUGACGUCAUCACUUGAGUCCGCGAUCGUUCGCGUGGGUGGACGAAAACCGGUCAGACCUGCUUAUCGAGGAUCGUUUGCCUUGGUGGGAUACACGGGAACUGACAGACCUUCAUGGAUACAGCAGGUUAUGAAACCGAGGCGCAUGGGACCUAGUCAGAUAAUGACGGUAAUUUCUUCAGGACCUGGCCCAGUAACCCCCAGACCUACACCACCUAGUCCCAGACCUACACCACCUAGUCCCAGACCUCCUGUCGGUAAGUAGAACUCGUUUUUCAUUGGUGGUGGUGAUGGUGGUGGUGAUGAUGAUGAUGAUGAUGAUGAUGGUGAUGAUAGUGAUGAUGAUAAUGAUGAUAAUGGUGAUGAUGAUGAUGAUGAUGGUGGUGAUGAUGAUAGUGAUGAUGAUAGUGAUGAAGAUGGUGAUGAUGAUGAUGAUGAUGAUGAUAAUGGUGAUGAUGAUGAUGGUGAUUGUGAUUGUGAUUGUGAUGAUGAUGGCGAUGAUGAUGGGGAUGGUGGUGAUGGUAAUGGUGAUGCUCGCUCGUGAUUCGUGACGGUCAUUAACCAAUACUUCUUCUUGCUCCAGGUUCUUGUGGAGUUUCUGGUGUUACAGGUCGUUUGAUUGGUGGAACAAAUGCUGCCCCGGGAGCAUGGCCUUGGCAGGUAUACCUCGCCUGAAGAAGACAUUCUCAUUGUGUGUAGUUCACAGAUUGACAGGGAUGGAUUUACUGGGGGGUGCAGGGGGGUGCACACCCCCCCUAGCCCUGACCAGGAGGGGUGCAGGGGGGGUGCUAUUUUUCAUGAAAAAGCAAAAAAUUAUCAGAGACAAAAUGAGAUUCAGUAGUUUGAGUAAUAACAUGAUGAUAAGCGACCUGUGAACAACAAUUGCAAUUCAAAUAGUGUAGCUAGACUUUGCAGUGGUUAAGCAAGUUGAUGGAUGUGUAAAGUCCACGUGAAAGCAAUUGCAACGUACUCGUCCGGAAAAUUUUUUUUCGUAAAAAGUUGUCGAUGGGGGGGGGGGGGAGGUUGUUGCUUUCCGAAAAUUUUUUUUGGCGUAGCACCCCCCUACCAGACCAUGCUGGAUCCAUCCCUGCAGAUUGAUAUCUUUAAUUUUCUUUCAAUGCAGAUUGCUUUAUUGAAAUCAGGAAGAUUUGGCUGCGGAGGAUCGUUGGUUUAUCCUGAUUGGGUUGUGACCGCUGGCCACUGUAUAUCGAGAUCCACUAGGUAAGAAAAUCACUUUCUCAAAAAUACAUUCUAUAUAUUUUGCUCCAUAAGAACAAGCAAUCUUUCCUUAACACAAUUUCUCUGUGUGUUUAUAAUUCCACCUCAGUCCCAACAAGCUCACUGUACUAUAUUAUGCAUGACUAGCGUGGGAAUCCAAAUACAUUCCGAACUAGCGCUGGGUAAAAUUGCUUCAGGCCCUCCUAAGAUUUUCUCGGCCCACUUGACUAGAAGUCCUGGCUGCAUCACUGGCAGCAACAUCCAAUGAAGAUGGUCCUUACACAAAUAAAAAAUAGAUUGCUUCAACACUGAAAUUGCUUUCUAGUACCUCAUCCUACACGAUUCUUCUGGGCGCUCACAAUAGAAAUUCUCCUCAAAGUCAUGAACAGCGUAUCAGAGCUAAGAAAGUGAUAGUUCACCCACAAUACGGACGACCUACACUUAACAAUGAUAUUGCUUUGAUCCAGCUUGAACGACCUGCAACGUUGACCAGCCGUAUUUCGACUGUUUGUUUACCAAGUCAUAACUUUGAUGUACCAUUGAAUUCUGAGUGUUAUAUUACUGGUAAGUGGUGAUGGUGGUAGCAAUGUUAGGACAGCGAUGUACCAUUGAAUUCUGAUCAUGAUGUUAAUGGUGAUGGUAAUGGUGAUAGUGUGUUGAUGAUGAUAUCAUGAUGAUUAUAAUAAUGGCGAUUUUGGUGAUAAUGAUGAAGGUGGUAAAUGAUCGUGGUUGUAAUUCUGGUAGUGUAGGUAGUAAUAGUUGUAUUGGUGAUUAUAAUAGUUGUGAUGAUGAUAAUAAUAAUAAUAAUAAGCAAUAAUGAUGGUAAUGGUGAUCAUGAUGAUAGUGAUGAUGGUGAUAUUUGAUAUUCUCAGGUUGGGGUAAAAUCCGUCACCCAGGAAGUUCUCACCACACCCUCCAGCAGGCCAGGUUACCACCAGUCAGUCAAGAACAGUGCAAGAAAAAACUCGCGCAAUCACCUGGUAAAUAUUCGUAAUUAGUAUUUUUGCACAAGUGAACAUAACAAAUCAUACAAGUUGAUUGGUCAAAUUUGACGUAUUACGCUGUUUAUAUUCACCUACAGGUGAAUAUAACAAAACCGAAAUUUUCGUCUUAUUGAUUGACAAAGUAACGAAGUUGUAAACAGAAGCUUGUUGUGCGAAGGGCGGAAAGCGCUAUCAACCGGAUAGCGAUUUUUUCCAUUGUUGAAAGACUAAUACUUGAAGAGCUACAAAACUAUGGCUAUGGACCUCGCAAUUAAAAAAAGAAACAUUCCGCUAUCCAGUUUUUGAACAACCCGCCCCCAGAUCUUUUCAACCAUGCGAGUCUGUUAACAUUUUGAGUCAAAAGGACUAAAGCCUGGUUUACACUUUACAUUUUCAAAGUUUCUGUGAUCACAGUAGGAAUUUUGCCAGUGCUGGAAAAUGUCCGGCAGCGCCAGCAGCAUCGCUGCCAGGAAAUGUUUAACAAAAUAUCUUCGCAGGAAAUUUUCUUGCACCUUGCAGGAAAUUUUUGUCAUCUUAUAUACAGGACGCCAUAUAAUUUACUUAUUGUUUAAAAAUUCCAAAUUAAGCAUUUUGCAAGUCGAGGUGUGCGCCAUCAUAGUCCACACGUUCUCUGAAAUCUACAUAGGAACGACGUUUUAUAGUUGACUUACACAAGAAAUUUUAAUUUUUGAAUUUCGUUGUCAGGAAGAUAAAUAUAUUUUCUAGGCCUGAAUUUUGCAUAGGUAAAGUUUUGAAGGAUUUGUAAGAAAUGUUUGAGGGAAAUGACUCAAUGUUAAACACUGAGUCAGUUUCCUCAAACAUUUCUUACAAAUUCUUCAAAACUUAGAAUUUACCUUUGCAAAAUUCCUACUGUGAUCACAGUUGAUAGUAUCAACCAGAGUGAGACAUGUAUCGGAAACGUAACCAUACAUUUCCUCCAUCCAGAUGGCCACAGAUUGUCGAUCACGGAGCAAAUGUUAUGUGCUGGAGUUGACGACAGCAUCUUGAGUGGUUGUCAUGGUGACAGUGGUGGUCCCUAUGUAUGCCGGGAUAGCAACAAUCGUUUCGUUCUUCAAGGGGCUGUUUCCUGGGGUUCACCCAGAUGCGCUUCGUCUGAGCGCUACACCGUCUUCGCACGAGUCGCGAAGUUCAGAAAUUGGAUCGACUCCGAAAUCCGUCGUGCUGGUUAGAUUCAAAAAUUCAAGUUGUGUCAAAUUCUACCAAAGUAGAUCUGUAUUAGAGAUUACGUAGUCUUAGAAAUGUUAAAACAAUGAGCAGUUUUGAAUAAAAUAUAUCAAAUUUACGAGUACAAUGUUGUUGAUAUGACAGAGGCUGGA